AUGGAGCCCGAGGUCUCGGAGCCCCAGCAGUUCUGGAAUGGUGAGCCUUUACUCCCUGCCCCGCCAAUCCUGCAGAGCGACGCCGGUCCUCUUGGGCGAAGUCCCGAUGACGGGAGCAAACUCCAAGAGAUUGUCUCCAAGCCUUGUGAAUCCGAGGAUUCGAUUGACGAUGCGCUCAGAGCGUAUCUGAGCUUGACGACGCAGUACAAAGGUGACAACAUCGUUCCCUACCUCCCCCUCCUCCGAGUCCACGGCUGGUCUCAUGACUUUCUCUCGACCGAAUAUGACAUCUCGCGCUGCUCGUACAAGCUCUUUGCAUCGACUAUCUUCGAGACUCAUGCGGACUACGUCCGCCGACAGAUCGUCUACUGUCUAUUGCAGGAAGAUGAUCUGAAUACACUACACUUUAUCGCAUCGUUUCUGCUCUUCGACGGUCGGCAGAAUGAAGCGGCUUUGCAGAUGAUGAAUGAGGAGGGUGUGUUUGCGCGCCUCCUUGAGCUGAUUCAGUCGCUGCGCGGGGAUGAUACGGAUGGCGGGGCGGGUCUCCACCGGUUGCUUAUGGAUUUGUUAUAUGAGAUGUCGCGCAUUCAGCGGAUUAAGAUUGAGGAUUUGGUGCUUGUGGAUGAUGAUUUUAUACGAUGUCUCUUCGACAUUAUUGAGGAUUUGUCCUACGAUGUCACGGAUCCGUACCAUUAUCCUGUCAUCCGAGUGCUGCUGGUUCUCAAUGAGCAGUUUAUGAUCUCGGCACACGAUCCGGUCGAUGAGCGGCCGUCUUCUAGUCAGUUGACUAAUAAGGUCAUCAAGGUUCUCUCUGUCUAUGGAAGCUUGUACAAGACUUUUGGCGAGAACAUCAUUCUGCUUAUCAACCGUGAAGCCGAGACAUCCCUACAGCUGUUGACCUUGAAGCUGCUUUAUCUGAUUUUCACCACACCCAGCACCUAUGAAUAUUUCUUCACUAAUGAUUUGCACGUCUUGGUGGAUAUCUUGAUCCGAAACCUCCUAGACUUACCCGAAGAGGCAUCUGCACUGCGGCAUACUUAUCUUCGCGUUUUGUAUCCCCUGCUGGCCCAUACCCAGUUACGACUCCCGCCACAUUAUAAGCGGGAUGAACUGAGGCGAUUGCUUAGCAUUAUCGGUCGGGGACAAGUCUCGUAUGGAAGUGAGACUGAACAGGAGAAGAUUCUCCACUUUGAGGAGGUCGAUGAUACCACACGGCGACUCGUGGGCAGGUGUGCAACGGUAGAUUGGCUACGCAAUGUCGAGCCUCCCGAAACCACUACUCCGGUCCAGGAGAACCCUACACAGAUCGUCACUGCUACGAUCGACACAGUCCUCGAUGAGGGGUUACAGCAAGACUCGCCCGUUGAUAUGGACCCAAUUUAUGUCACACGCACACUUUCCCAUACCAGCACAAACCCCGAUUCACCCGGCACGGCAUCGCCCACAAGAAUGGACUCUCUAGACUCGCGUGGCUCGUCCGAGGCACCCGAGUCUCGACGAAAAUUCAGCACCAUCCAGCGACUCGGCAUGCAGCUUGAGCCGGCAUCAGCCUCCACACUCAGCGUACAAGCUGUCGCGGCACAGCACGAGAAGCCUGGCGUCAUCACACCCAGCCGCAACGAUGGCCGCACCAUUGAUCUUGUGGCAGAAGCUCCCACCAUCCGCCCUCCAAAGAUCAAGCCCGAACCACCCAAAUCCCGGCGCUGGCGAGGGCGUCGUCUCGCCGCUGACGAAGAUGAUCAGCACUCCGCCGGCACGAGUAGUGAACGCAACACCAUCCCCGAAGGAGUCGAGAUCAGCCCGACAUCAACACAUACUGCGCCCACCACGCCCACCCCAACAACCCCUUCCUCCAUAAUCAAUGCUGCUACGACCGACACAACCACAGACCGGCGUAACUCUACAACCACCUCUCAUCUCGUACCUCCAAUUCCAGGACACGCACGACGCUCCGCUUCAAAUCCACCCCCAGCUCUCCCCCCACCCCGGCGCUCAACGGGAACGACUCCAUCAACGAGCCACCACAGACCCGUACCAGUCUCGAUAGCCCCUAGCACCAGUCCAGUCGCUGGGACUAGCACCGGUAUCACCGUCAAUAAGCACGGACAGAAGCCCGCACCGCCUAAAACACGCCGCUGGGGUCGCGGCAAGGCACAGGCACAUGCACACACGGACUCCGUCGAGAGCGGAGUUAGUACCGGGUCGCAGGCAAAAGAGAGCGAUUCAGAGGCCGUGGCUCUGGCUGUGAGCAGCACGGCAGAUGUGCAGGCCGCUAGCGAGGAGGGAGGAACACUAUCUGAUCCAUUCUCGCCGACGAGUCCCACUAGUCCGACGUUGCUUGUCUCGACGGCGGAUGGGAAGGGCGAGACCCAGCCGGUUAGUGUUGAAGAGGCUGUGCAGAAUGUUUCGUUGCAUUGA